CAUCUGCAUUCACCAUUCACUCGCAUUUAUACAUUGACUACAUUGAUAUACAUUGAUUAGGAUAAAACUAAAUCUUUAAAUUUAUAAAUGUAGGGAAUAUAGAUAUAUUACAGAAACCAAUGUUUUUAUGAAAGCUUCGAAAAAAGAUCCCAACUCAAAUCACCAUGACUACUUAAUGGAUAAAAAUAGGAUUUCAAAAUUAGGGCAUAUUUUUAAUGCAAAUCUAAGUUGAAGUAAACAACAAGAUUCACAGAAACUCAAUUUGCCAGAUGUACCGGCGUGUCAACCCAGUGAAUCACGGUUUCAAAUAGUGAGUCAAAAUCAUAAAGACUUGCAAUGUGAGGUUUAUUUUUGUUAGCGGAACGUUCUGUUACUUGACUCCCCAUACCUGUUGGCCUCUAGCCAAAGAGAGACCUGCUGAGUGGGGCCACUGGACUGUUGAUUAUUAACAUGUAAUUGGCCACUAGCAGCAGUAUGCUCAAUGGGGCGAAACCAACCACUUAACUCUCUCAGAUCCCCUUUACUGCAGCGGUGACCUUUCAACUCAUGGUUGAGCUAUGUAGUCAGUCAUUUUGUGUGUCACAACUAAAAUCACUGGGAUUUUAGUGGGAGCAUACAGCAUAAAGUUUAUGCAAGCAGAAGAGAUGGUGCAAAAAGGCAUUGCAUAUGAUGUUUUACUAUGGGCUCCCUUUGCUAUAGUUUUUACUUAAAGCAUACUUUUGCACCACAGAUCUUUGAUUACCACAAGAUCAUUUUAGCUGUUUUGUUGUCUGGUUGCCUAAAAUAAGGCAGCACACUUCCCAUAACGAGCUACAGCACCCUGCAAACUGCAUUCACCCAUGAACAUUUAUCCACCAGAAAAAAAAACUUAAUUUAGUAAGCAAAGAGAAAUGGCUGUCAUUACUGAAAUAAGAGACAGGCGCUUGAACAAACAAUAAGCAGAGUGUCUGCCUUGUGGAGAAGCCAAACGGACAACAUCAAGUCAGGAGGUAGACGAACUUAAAGCAAGACGGCAAAGGCCAACAGCCACUGAACUGGUCACUGGAUCCUUUUAUGAUGAUGUAAAAGAGGUUGGAUGCAUGUCCGGUAUUGACUUAAUGUCUGAAAAGAAGAAUUAAAUUAAUUUGGCAUCAUCACGUGCCUUGGUUUGCCGAUGGUUACUUCGUGCUGCCUCAAGCUGACCGUGCACUACAGUGACCACCGUCCGGAAGCAGUGUCACAUCGCAUUCUGUAUUGAGAGUCUCUAGGGACCCCUCCUGGAGGUGCUGCCAUAUAAAAGGAGAGACUCGCCCCUCCUGGACAAAUUAAACCAAGACUGGCCCGACGCGCCUGUGCUGCGCUUCAUGGAUGCUUCAGCAGUUGAGCAUCCUCAGCCCUGCCCAGCUCAGCGGAAUUAACUGUGACACGGACACAUCGGACCACUCUCUCCUCUUCAGGCUACUGCUACAUAUACUAGAGUUUUUGCAAGAGCUGCCAUGGCGAACAGAGGGCCCAGCUAUGGACUGAGCCGAGAGGUGCAGGAGAAGAUUGAGCAGAAGUAUGACCCGGACCUGGAGCAGCGGCUGGUGGACUGGAUAGUCGCACAGUGUGGAGGAAACCUGGAGAGGCCGCAGCAGGGCAGAGAGAACUUCCAGAAAUGGCUGAUGGAUGGAACAAUCCUCUGUAGGCUUAUCAACAGCCUUUAUCCGAGGGGAAAGGAGCCUAUCAAGAAGAUUCCAGAGACGCAGAUGGCCUUCAAACAAAUGGAGAAGAUCUCUCAGUUCCUGCAAGCAGCUGAAGCUUAUGGAGUCACAACCACUGACAUAUUUCAAACUGUGGACCUCUGGGAAGGAAAGGACAUGGCAGCAGUGCAAAGAACUCUUAUGGCUCUGGGAAGUGUGGCGGUCACUAAGGAUGAUGGCCAUUACCGAGGUGACCGAGACUGGUUUCACAGGAAAGCCCAGGCGUAUCGGCGAGAGUUCAGUGAGGAGCAGCUCCGCCAAGGCCAGAGUUUGAUCGGCCUGCAGAUGGGCAGCAACCGCGGGGCUUCCCAAGCUGGUAUGACAGGCUACGGUAUGCACCGUCAGAUCAUGUAGACCACUUACCAGCUAACCUGCUCCCCAGCUUCCAGACCUUGUUUUCUACUAAAACCACAAAAGUAGUAACCUUCUUUGUAGCACCUGCCAUGUUAACCUCAAUUUCCCUGAAACUGCUGCUUUCUAUCUUAAUAAAUGAUGUCAAAUGCUGUAGAUGUCCUUCUUCAAGCUCUUUUCCUGGUCAUCCAUUCCCUUUUGCCACAUGCUGUUCCCUCCCUAGCUUUGUUUACUCUGUUUCCCUGCUUUCCAUGUCCAAAUGAUUACUUACUCAGAGUCAUUCAACAUCAAUUUAUUCUUAUGGAGAAUUUAAGAUUAAAAUCUUUAUACAAAACAAGCCAUCAGUGUUUUACCCAUUUUCAAUCUGUAAUACUGUAAGUCACUGUUACAGCAUGGUGUAUGCUAUUUAAUUGUAUUUAUAUAUACACGUAUUAACAUAAUCAUUGGUCAUUGUUUUAGAAUGGUCUGUUACUGUUUAAUUAUUUUGCCUUAAACUUAAUGGAACUCAACUACUGACGAUGUCUCUGCUAUCUUGUCCGAAGACUUGUUGCAGUAUACUCUGUAACCAAAUCAACCUCACGUUGUGCCUGGUUAUGGGACUACAGAGACUGGGUCCUAAUAUAUCCCUCAAAUUAUAAAUGAGUUUGAUUCAUUCUGAGCCAUGCCCUUGUUAUUUGUUUGUUAGAUUACAUCUUUUGUCCAUGAUGUGUCCAUUUUGUGUCCAAAUGUGAAGUUUCCAUUUCUGGUGCCAUGUAAAGAAAUUGCUUGAAUGUGCACUUUUAUGUAUUGUCAUGUUUAUAUUUUUAAAUAUAUUUAUAUCUGGAGGCUUGUGAGAAGAACUAUUGAAAAAAUAAAGUAUGUGAACAUA